CUCUCUCUCUCUAGCGCCGCACAAAUCUCUCUUCCCCUUCUCGCCCUCGCCGCAUUGGCAGCCGACGACCCGCCCCCGCCCUCGCCGGAGAGAGGAGGAAUAGCGACGCACCGCAAGAGCGGGCGGGAGGGCGGCGGCGGCGGAGUGAGUAGCAUGUGCGACCUGGUGGCCCGCACGGGCCGGCAUCAGCAGCGGUACGAGGAUGGCCAUCGGCUAGUGGCCGGGUGCAUACCAUUCAGGUAUAGAACUAAUAAUAAUGAAACUUCUGAUGAAGAACAAAAGAAACUCGUGGAAGUUCUCAUGAUAAACUCCCAAAGUGGACCUGGUCUUUUGUUUCCAAAGGGAGGAUGGGAGAAUGAUGAGACUGUUGAAGAGGCAGCUGCUCGAGAAGCUAUAGAAGAAGCUGGAGUUCGAGGUGAUAUAGUGCAUCUUCUGGGUUUAUAUGACUUCAAAAGCAAGACACAUCAAGAUGCGUGCUGCCCUGAGGGUAUGUGCAGAGCUGCAGUGUUUGCACUGCAUGUAAAGGAAGAGCUGACCUCAUGGCCUGAACAGAGCACCCGCCAGAGGACCUGGCUCACGGUCCCUGAAGCUGCAUCACAGUGCCGGUACCAGUGGAUGCAAGAGGCCUUGCUUACAGGCUUCACUGACUGGCAUGACAAGUGGAGCAAAGGUGGCGGCGGUCCAAACUGCAACCAGGCCUAAAUGCCGAACCCAUCACCGGCCAUCUUAUUUGUUAAUCUUCUCUUUCCGUAGGCUCCAACCUUGCAGAUUGCAAUAAUACAGUGUACUUCUCUUGAUGCUUGGUAGGUCAUUGACCCUUGAUGUCACAUGUCAGGAUGGUUAUCUAGUUUAGUGAGGUAUAUCUCAUCAAGACGAGAGUUCUCACAACUUUUAAGUGGCAAUUCUCGCGCCUAUUAUUUCUCGGUUUCAGUUGCCGUCGUCAUGGUGCACUGCAGGCAUGCACCGUGCGCAUUUUGUAACUUGCUCCUGAUUCUGGAGGUGCAUAUGCUAUGUACUAACUACUAUACCAUAUACCUGAAAUCAAAAGGCCAUUAUUGACUGGAUGCGUCCAGAAUCUUA